AUUCUGUUUGAGAUUGGUAAACUGGAAUUUUUUUAGUCGUGCACAACUUAUGAUUAUCGAAAAGAAAGCGUUAGGAAUCAACUACAAAUCAGAGUUCAAUAAGGUCUUGGUCCUGCUCAGUAUCAAGCAAUGGGUGUGACGUAUACCUUUCUAUUCAUGUUGCUUGCUUUGCAUUUAAGACCUGGAUAUUGCUUGUCAAAGUAUCAUGGAAUGUUGACAAAUGAUGAACUUGGUUCUUACUCAAAGAAAGAUCAGAUAAAAGAAUAUGACAUCAUCCUGCCAAAGAUACAUGACCCUUCAAAAAUGUCAAAGCGGAGCACAGAUUCGACCAAUCACAAUGAGCAACACAGAGUCACCUUCACAGCAUUCGAAGAGGAGCAUCACGUGGUUCUGGAGAAGAAUCAUUGGCUUUUGAGACCCGGCUUAGAAGUGGAGUAUCUACAACCGGAUGGAUCGAUCCGGAAAGAACCGGUUCAGACUAGAAACUGUCACUUCUUUGCGACUUCUAUCUCCCAUGGCGGAUCAAAGGGAGCACUGAGCACUUGUAGUGGAUUGAGAGGAGUGUUGUCAUUGGAUGAUGACAUGAUGUUCAUCGAACCAUUAAAAGAAGACCAUGCGAGAAGAAUGAAGAGAAACAUUGAUGAUACAACCCAUCCGCAUCUCAUUUAUAAACAAGCUGCCGAUGUUGACGACGAAGAUGACGUGUGUACAGUUGGAGACCUACCAGUUGCAGAUAAUGGUGGAUCUACAGGAACAGUGAUUCUAGCCAAUGAAACUACUUACAAUGGUCCUUAUCUUGGCGCUAAAUACAUAGAAAUCUUCUAUGUGGUGGACAAGCUUGUUUAUGACGAACAUUUGGGAGAAACUGAGAGUUACGCUACUACUAUUUUGAACAUUAUGAGCAGACGAUUCGCUGAUCCGAGUCUCGAUAUCAGCAUCCGAUUCUCAGUGGUUCGUCUUCUUAUCUCCACGACGACAACAAUAACAGCGACCAACCCCUCUGGUGGUGAGGAGAGUAUAACACCUGAUGCUGUUGCCGAUACGACCCUCCCAAAUUUCUGUACCUGGCAAGCCUCAUUAAGUGUAGAUGAUGACACCGAUCCUAAUGACUGGGACUUAGCCUUGCUCUUUACAGGGUCAGUAAAAACAAAAGAAAAACAUUUUCGGAAAAGAUUUAUAUCUACAAAUCCCAGAAGAUGGAAUAGUCACAAAUUUUGUUUAUUUUGUAUUGUGAGACAGAUUUGUUUGCUGGACUGA